AGCUCAAUGUGUAUUUACUGACACAUAAAAUAAUAUUUUAUAGGUUUUUUUGUAUCUUGGAAAUGGCUAUGCUUAUGGUAACAUAAUAUAAAGUAAAAUAAAUACAUAGGCUACAGUUGACAAAUUAAUUUGAAUUGAAUCAAAUGUAAGUUUUAGGAGAAAGGCAUUUUUCCCAGCUAGUGGGGUAAGAUUCCCUGAAUAGAGACACGGGCCUUUACAGGCUGACUGGAUGAAAUUUAGAUUCCAGAGGUGAGACGUGAUGUAAAAACAGAUGUGUUCCAAAUGGAACUGGAGGAUUCCAUGGUUGCUGUUUUGUCUCCAGGUGCAUCAUUUAUAUCAGAUCACAAUUUAAACAUAAACGAAACUUCUGACGGUCAAGAAAAGUGUUUCUCACGUUCCACUCGCUGAUUUCUUGCAAAUUCCCGCUUGUACUAAAUACUUCUUCCAUCCUGACAAGGACUAAAGACUCACAGAGACUGACGAAAGCCACACAACAAACCUCCAUCAUGGAAAAUAGUUAUGUGCCCACCCAAGACCAUGACUACCAGCGAAGGAGAGUCUCAGCACGCCGGGCAGAGAGCGCACAGAAGCCUGGCGCCUACAGCAAGUGUCCAUGCUGCAGAGACGACCAGAUGCCGAAUUUACACCUAAAGCGCCAGCACUCUGCUACUACUGCCGACCUUCCCCAGAAGAGGAAGCGGACUGCUGUGGCCCGUCGUUUCAAACCUUCCGCUGAACAUCCAGGGUUGCUGAAUUUGGUCCCCACUCCUCAGCCCUCCACCCCGUCUUCUGACAUUACAGGGUUGCUGAAUUUGGUCCCCACUCCUCAGCCCUCCACCCCGUCUUCUGACAUUACAGGGUUGCUGAAUUUAGUCCCAACACCUCAGUCCACUAUCCCACCCGCUGACCUUCCAGUCGUCUCAAAUGUGGCCCCCAGCCUCGAGCCCUCCGCUGCUCCACCGCAACACGACGGCAGCCCUCUGAGAAUCCACAACCGUUCGGUGGAAGAGUACCAGCGAAUCUACCAUGAAGUGGUAGAUGAUAUGCUGAGGUUCAAAAAUGGCCGGACUCGUCCGUACAGUUUAGAGCUCGGGCGUCGUAUUAAGCAGAAGCUGUGGGAGAGACUGGAUCGCCCCAUGAUCACGGAAUCAGUCAAUGAAGAUGGACUUGUUCAUGUCGAAGUAUCGUACGGAGCUGGUGUCUAUCCUACCCUUUAUGAUGUUGAUAUAUCGGGAGAACCAGAGCCAGCAAAGAAGAGAGCUAAGACAAACAACUAGAACAAAAGCAUCAGAAAUGAUGCAACCUGUAAAUAAUACUGUAGUUUUAAGUCAUUUUAAUAAGUUCCACAGUUCUAAGUAUCUUCAGUAAAUCAGUUCAGUAAGUAUAAUCAGUAAAUCCAGCCGCAACCUAAAUCACCUGCCAGGACACAAACUGCCUCUGCAAACCAGCUGAAGUGCCACGUUCCAUCCUCCACCUUCAGCCUCCUCCAGACGCUUCCUCUAACAUCCACCUGAAGCCUCUUUCAGCCAGAUGGAGAGCCUCUCUCACCACCUAGUCUCUUUCACUCAGCUCCAACCUCUGCCUCCAACAUUUCAGUCUCCACCAGUCUCUGGUGGACCAUCAAUCUCCAUCAGUCUCUGCCUGCAGCUUUUAACGUCUAACUGCUGCACCCGCCUCCAUCUGCAGAUUCUGGAAGACAGCUACAUACUGUACAUAUCUCCACCUAUAACUUAUGAAGUGCCGUGCUCCAUCCUCCGACACCAGCAGACCAAAACAUGCUCCACCUAAGUCCUCUGACUUUGGCACCUAUGACAAGUAAAGAACAUAUUUACAGUUUUAACAGUUGUUUCUGCCAGAGCCCUGCAGGUGCUGCCUCCACCUGCAGAUUCU